CACGCACACGCCGGACUUUUGCUCUGCGAUGUUUGAUCCGAAUCAAUUGUGGUUUAAAUAGUGGUUCAAAAAUUUUGAAAACCGCGAGGGGAUUUAAGAAAAAUGUCUCACAGCAACGGGCAAAAAUGUUUGAAAUUCUGCUUAUGCUGGCUGUGAACUUGGCCACCAGCGUUUGGGCGACGGACUACUACUUGCUGGUCGAGGAUCCAGACGUCUACUCACCGUGUACUGAUGCCCCGCCCGGUUCGAUUAGCAUCCCCGAAGCCUUCAACAUGGAUAAUAUGGUGUUCGAUCUGGACGAAAACGGCAUUCAUGUUUCGGGGAAUGCCACUGUCAAAUGGAGCAUACCUCGCACCGAUCGUGUUUCCGCCGGUUUUCGAGUGAUGAAAUUCAACCGCGGAUCCUGGGAACCCACGGUAUUUAGCCAGGUCACGCCAAACUUUUGUGCCGUCCUGUUCGACAAAAAUCAAUACUGGUACAAAUACUGGUUUCAAUACGUUGCGAACCAUGAGGAGAUAAAGCAAAAAUGCAUCACAACGACAGAUACCGUGCUGGUGCAUAACCCAUUCACUAUGCAAUUGCGUUUGGAUAACGUUAACGGCGUAUCUUUUCGAGGACGCUAUAAAGCUGUAUUUACCUUUGAAGCUUUCGAUGAAAAGAACCAGAGGCGACCAACUUCCUUGUGCUUCGAAUUCAGAGGCGAGGUUGAAAAAGUAAAAAAGUAAUAAAGUAAUAAAAUAAAUCUUUGAAAAAAUACU